AUGCCCCCAACCCACACCGGCGGCUGCGAAUGCGGCGCCGUCAGAUACGCCUUCGCCAGCGCCCCCGUCCACGUCUCCCUCUGCCACUGCGCCUCCUGCAAGCGCAGCACCGGCUCCACGCACACGCACACGCUCAUCAUCCCCGCCGCGUCUUUUACCCCCAACACGACCGCGAACACGAACACGACCAACACCGACAGUAACAACGACACCAACCACACCGCCAAAAUCUACACUCGCACCAGCGACUCCGGCCGCGAGGUACGCAGCCACUUCUGCGGCGCGUGCGGGACGACCAUGUGGGCGGAGAGCGAUGUGGGCGCGGCCGCUGGGGGCGCGGCCGCGGGCGGGACGGACGGCGGUGGCGGCGUGCUGGCGGUGCGGGCGGGGACGCUGGACGACUUGGGGCUGAACGAGAAGGAGGGGUGGCGGCCGGGGACGGAGCUGUACUGUCGGGACAGGUAUGGGUGGAUGCGGGAGGUUGGGGGAGCGAGGGCGUUUGAGGGGAUGAUGGAGGGAGAGGGGGAUUUGGUGAGGGAGGCGUUGAGUUCUGGAGGAAAGAAGGGCGGCAGCGAUUCGGAGUGA